AUGAACGACGACGAGAGCCUGUUCCAGGAACAGGAAGAAGCAGAAAUCCACGAUUGGGCAUCUGCUCGUGGAUAUCGUGAACCAGCGGGUUCCAAGGCAUACUCGGGCAAGGAUCGCGUUGCGCACUGCUUCACGGUCACCGUGGUGCUUGCGGCCGCCACGUUACCGCUGCUCGCAGUCGUCGGUACUGCCGGGCUGCUCUACUACAACUCGUGGCUGGCAGCCACUCAAGUCCGGCUGGCCGACGUGCAGUGCGAGAGUGCGGGCUGCCAGCGCCUGGCACGCUUCCUGGAGGUCUCCAUCAACCGGUCGGCCGACGCCUGCACUGACUUCUACGGUUACGUGUGCAGCAACCAGCUGUACGCGAACACCUUCAAGAUGGUACGGAAGCAGAUUUGA